UGUCAGAUCGUGCUUUUAUUUUCGAACGAGCAAGGAAGUCGUUAUAAACGGCCGCCUUAAUUUAAAACGAGAAUUUCCUAGCGGCGUAUCGCUCUGCGAAAUUCCUAGCAGCUAGUGCGGCUGGCAGGCCCGCUUGUCGACCCGUCAUUUCGCGUCAAGUAGCGUUAAACGUCAAGUUCCAGGUGCACGACGUGCAUUUUACGUUCUUGUGCUCGUCGGCGAGAACCGCAGAUCCUCGGGCAUGCCACUGCACCGAUACACGCACGCGAUCCUCUGCAGGAUCCCGUUGUCACUGCGUACACGGGGUGAGCUGACGCUAGACGAAGCUAGGACGCAGCAUCUAGCCUUGGCGCAGCUUCUACGCGAACUCGACAUCGAUGUCGUCGAGAUGCCGCCCGACGAGAAUUCGCCACUCUGCGUCUUCGUCGAGGACAUCGCCGUCGUCUGCAACGGCAUCGCCUUGAUCGCCCAUCCGAGCGAUCCAUCUCGUCUCAAGGAGCUUGAUACCAUCAGAGCUGUGUUGAAGAAAGAGCUAGAGAUACCAUUGAUAGAAAUAAGCGACAAGAAUGCUCGUUUGGAUGGUGGAGAUGUGCUUUUCACUGGUAGAGAAUUCUUUGUUGGGUUGUCUCAUUUUACAAAUGAAGCAGGAGCACGAGCAGUUGCUGCAGCAUUUCCAGAAUAUCCAUGUGUACCUAUUAAGGUGGGUGAUGGUGGCGAAGAGGUGAUAGUGGAGAGUCUUACCUCAGCCCCUCUUCAGGUGGCUGAAUCCAAACGCUUGAAAUCACUGGUUACAAUGGCUGGCCCAGAUCUUAUAUGUGUAGGAGCCGGAAAAGAAUCUCAAGAAGUUCUUAAGAGAAUCGAGCGAGAGGCAACAUACAGUUACCAAACAUUAACCGUACCCGAGGAUGUAGCUGCCAAUGUGCUUUAUGUGAACGGUACUCUCAUUCAUCGAUCAGAGGAUGAGAUCCCACAAUCGAGUAAAGUAUUCGCCGAGGUGGAGUUUCCGACUAGAUCGCUGCGAAUGUCUGAAUUGGCGAAAGUUAGCUCCGGUUUGUCCUCCUGUUGCUUGUUAGUGCGCAGACCGCGACACAUCCGUAGCAUUUAAAUGAGAAAGAAGAAUAUUCUCUAUCUUGCGAUGUAAUCGCAAUCUAUGCCACUAUUAGUGCUAAUCGCCAUGACAUGAAACAUAAAUCCAGAUUUUCUUCUCUCACCAAAUCUGUGGAGCAAUACGACGCAAUGCAUGACAAUGACGGUACGUCAUCCUGACAUUUUGAUAAGUAUUUUUUAAAUUAAUUUAAAAAGUUAUAUCAUUUUAUAUCUUGCAAGAUUAAGUAUUUGAAGAGAUUAAUAUAUAUAUACAUAUAUGUAUAAUUUUUAUAUAUUUAGAGUAGAAAAGUAAUAUAUUCAAACUUUAUAUUGUAUUUACGUUUAUGUUUGUCGCAAGAGAAUCUAUAUUUGACAUUUAUUUAAACAUUCUUUUUAUACUUUCAUUUCCAGCUAUAGAUUAUUAGGUUCUAAUAUUUUCACGCAUUUUUUUGUAUUUAUUAUUUUAUGCAACUUUUUUCCUAUGAUAUCCAAAAAAUAUGUUAUAAAGUAAGGCUACAUUUACAUCUCAUAGUCCUAAACAGGAUUGAAUUUUACAAAUAUGGCACGUAACAUAAUAUGACACAAAUCCGAUUUAAUAUAUAUAUACAAUAUAUACAUAUAUGUGGGGUUGGAAUAUUGAUUUUUAAUACGAUAUGUGGAAUCAAAAUUAACUUGUAAUUCAACUUAUAAUUAAGACUGCACUGAUACUACAUACACACGUAAUAAUAGAUCAUUUGCGAGGCUUACGCUAUUGGGAAGAAUGCGAUCGUAAUUAUCAGUAUUCUGACUCCUGCAACGCAUUCGCAACUAGUCUGAAACGUGUUCACAUCAAAACAUUGAAAUAAAUAUGUCUCUAUCAUUUAAUAAUGUA